AGUGUCGUAUCUAGUGCCUUGCCUCUUUCGGUUUUAUCUUCUCAGGGCUCAGAUGAGAUUUAUGAUUGCAAGCAGCACAGAUAUCCAAAUAAGAAUGUAGGGUAUGCAUUGGCUGGAAGCUUACAGGGUUUAAGUAAUCACCUGCAGUUGUAUUGAGACUCGGAUGGGAAGUAGGAAGUGCUGUAGUCAAGCUUCCUGUAUAAAUAAAUGCAGCUUUCCCACAGCUACUGCAUACAAGCUGUGACGUGCUUUUAAGAUAUAAUGGCAGCAUGAUCUUAAUAGCAGGGAGGGAAUGAUUUAUCAGAGUAGCAGGGAGGCUGGGAGACAAGUCCUGCUGCAGUCCUAAAAAGUGUACAGCUGUCAGAUACCCAGAGAAGAGGAAGGGCGUGCAAGAGCAAUUUGCCUCGGCUCCUGGUUGUAAGCUUCAGGGGUUUGUGACAUCGUGGUUCUUGUGAAUGCUGGAAUCCUGGAAUCCGAGUGCAGCUACUGAAAAGUCACACAGCUGGUAGUGAAUGCUACUCUCCUUUCAAGGCUGAGUGGACCAUUGAUGAAUGAAUGGACUCUGCUGGGAAGGCUUGUCCUCACACCAUGACAACUGAUGAGUCAGAAUCUGGAGAAUUAGCUCUGGAGCCACUGCUCACUUGCAAGCUAUGUCUCUGUGAAUAUUCCCUGGAUAAGAUGACCACUCUUCAGGAAUGCAGCUGCAUCUUUUGUACAUCGUGCCUAAAACAGUAUAUGCAGGUGGCAAUUCAAGAAGGCUGUGGUUCUCCUAUCACAUGUCCAGACAUGGUAUGCUUGAACCAUGGGACCCUACAGGAAGCAGAGAUUGCCUGUCUGGUGCCUGUUGACCAGUUCCAGUUAUACAAGAGGCUGAAGUUUGAACGAGAAGUUCACUUGGAUCCCCAGAGAAUGUGGUGCCCUGCAGCUGACUGCCAAACGGUGUGCCAUGUUGCACUGAGCGAGUCAGGAGCACCAGUGCCAGUGGAGUGCCCAGCUUGCCGCCUGACAUUCUGCUCUUCUUGCAAGGAGGCCUGGCACCCACAGCGUCUAUGCCAGGAAAACCUAACUACUCCAAUACUAACUGAGCAGGGAUCCCUUAUUGGAACAGAGACAGAGGCACCAAUUAAGCAGUGCCCAGUUUGCCGGAUAUAUAUUGAGCGAAAUGAGGGAUGUGCUCAGAUGAUGUGCAAGAACUGCAAGCACACAUUUUGCUGGUACUGUCUACAGAACUUGGAUAAUGAUAUCUUCUUAAGGCACUAUGACAGAGGCCCUUGCAGAAACAAGCUGGGGCACUCGCGGGCUUCAGUGAUGUGGAACCGAACACAGGUUGUGGGGAUCCUUGUUGGACUAGGUAUCAUAGCACUGGUGACCUCUCCCUUGCUGCUUGUGGCAUCUCCCUGCAUCAUCUGCUGCAUUUGCAAGUCUUGCCGAAGCAAAAAGAAAAAACAUAGCCCACCAACAACCUAAAGCUCUGUCUGUUUGAGCCUCCGUCUGUACAGCAUAUGUGGGAAAGCACAAUGGUUGUAUUUCGGUGCCAUACCUACCAAAUAAUACUCCUUUUUCUGCCAAUUCUGAGGUUAAGUGCCUAUUCUUUACAGGCUACUCUAUCACUAACCAGUCCCAGUGAAAAGUCUAGAUAAUUGUGCAGUACAUAGGGUAUAAGUUUUUGCUUCAUUAAAGGAAAAUGGGACACUAUUUGGUAGUCCACACUCUUAAAUAUGAGACCUCUAAAAUGUUACCAUCGUCAUCA